AUGACUUGGAUCUGUGCUACGGUGGUACACUUUUGCUUUGGAUCAAGUUACCCUGAGCCCUCAACCAGAAUACGCCGAUGGCAAGAGCUCUCUGAGGCCGUCGAGAAUUGGUUGAUCACCCGACCAGAUACAUUUGACCCAAUCUGGUAUAGCGAAGCUGUCCAGGGGAGUGGAAACCCAUUCCCAGAGAUAUGGUUCACGGCGGACUGGCAUAUUAUGGCAUUCGGAUUUUAUCAUCUUGCCCGUAUGCUCUUGGCCAUCUACAAGCCAUCGCCUAAAUUUGCAGUCAGGGGGCUACAUAGUACAGCUCAUCCGAGUCAUGAUGCACGCUCGUGCAAUCUGUGGGGCAUGCAACAGUUCCCCUUCGACGGUGCCAUCGUUGAUCACGCUCUGUCAUUCCACCUUUAUUUGGGGUCCCUUGAUGAGAGAUUCAGCAGAAAGGGCUGGAGUAAUUAGACUGCUGCGAGAUAUGGAAGCGACGCAUGCAUGGCCGACGACUUGGAUAAUCAAUUCUCUAAAAGAAGAAUGGACG